AUGCUACCUAUAUUAUCUACCCGGCUAUUUGCCCGUUCCCUCCUUCGCGCCAUGUCUACGAGCGAAUUCAAACAAGCCCCUCAUAACAUCCCGGGCCCCAUCGAGGUUGCGGAUGAAGUCCUUUUCGCCAAUGCCCACCCAUCCAUGUCCCACGUUUCUCCGGACUUCGUACCCGUCUUCGGAGAUUCUAUUAGGAUGACCAGAGAGGUGCUGAUCACAAAAUCCGCACAACCAUUCCUCAUCAGCGGCAGCGGAACGCUUGGUUGGGAUCAGGUAGCCUCCAACCUCGUUGAACGGGGCGAUCAUGCUCUCGUUUUAAACUCGGGGUAUUUUGGUGACAGCUUUGCUGAUUGUCUCCAAACAUAUGGCGGGUCCGUAAAGCAGUUGAAAGCCCCCAUUGGCGGCACUGUUCCCCUGGCCGACAUAGAGACUGCGUUGAAGAGCGAAAAAUACAAAGUGCUCACUUUCACCCACGUUGAUACUUCGACUGGUGUGCUCUCUGACGCACAUGCUAUCGCCCAAGUUGUUAAACGCGUUUCUCCGGAAACCCUGAUUGUGAUGGACGGCGUGUGCUCCGUCGCAUCUGAGGAAAUCCAAUUUGACGAUUGGGGUUUAGAUGUUGUGUUGACAGCGUCACAAAAAGGACUGGGGACACCUCCAGGUCUUAGUAUCGUCGUCGUCAGCGAACGCGCGAUACAGGUAUACAAGAAGAGAAAAACGCCCGUAACCUCAUAUUAUGCCUCUUGGGACAAGUGGCUUCCAAUAAUGAAAGCAUACGAAGCUGGAUCAGCAGCAUACUUUGCUACACCUCCUGUUAACCUUAUUUAUGCAUACCAUGCGUCGUUGCAAUUAAUCACUGCAUCCAAACAAGGUCCCUCACUGCAAGAACGAUUCGCGUUGCACAAAGAGGCUAGCCGGCGCGUGAAAGAGGCUGCGGCCCAACUGGGGAUGAAACAGGUCCCUUUGAAUGAACGGGAAGCGGCGAAUGGGAUGUCUGCUUUGUAUUUCCCCGAUGGAAUCACCGCAUCCGACCUGCUUCCCCGCUUGGCUACAAGAGAGGUGAUCGUUGCUGGUGGAUUGCAUUCGGCUAUUCGCGACAAAUAUUUCAGAAUAGGACACAUGGGCAUCUCUGUCGUAGAUAAACAGCGUGGUGAUAUCGACAAAGUGAUCAGCUCGUUGCAGGAAACUUUGCAGGAGGCAAGGGCGAGUAAAGAGUAA